UGAGCCUCUACUUUAGUCAAUCCUUUUUGAUCGUCACUUCGUCAGUACGUAUAACCGAAAAAUCAGGAUUACUGUUGGCCCUCGUCGCUGUCAAUUGUCAAAAAAUGACAAUUCAUUAAUAUUUUUUCACGUGUGAUAUUUAUACUGCGUAGUGGUGAUAGUGGUGUGUUUUUAUUGCACAAUGCUUGGAAAAAUGAAUGACCAUUGCACAAAUCCGAACAAAACUCUCGGGCUAGAUGAAGCCUGCGUAAGUGUAAUUAAUGAUUACAACACUUCAGUAUCACUGUACUCCUUCUUCAAUGAAUGCAAUGCCUGUCUCAAUCAAUUGUGGGCAAAUGUAUCAGCUAAUAGUAACACAACAUUGUCGGUGUCAACCAAAUGGCCUCUGCACAUGUAUUAUGUACAAAACAAACUUCAAUGGUGUCAUAAUACAUACAGAUUCGUAGAACACGGGCAUUAUGGAUGGAAUAUAUCCCGUGGCUCGAUUUGCUCAUCCAUUUAUACUAUCGAGGAGCCAACCAAUCCGUAUCUCCCGAUUUUAACUGUUUUUAUUAUUCUGACAAUCAGUGCAUUUGUAAAUGUAACAACGAAAUGUUUCAUAAUAUUCGUCAGGGGAUUUUUAUCCCGAAGUACUGGAGCCGAUCGUGAUGACACUGAAUCUUUGAAUAGUUCUGGACAGACGGAAAAUGGACCGGGAGUUAUCAGAGUCACUAGAGCCAGUACCAGAAUUAAAACAAUUGAUGCUUUUCGCGGUAUCGCUGUUCUCCUCAUGAUUUUUGUUAACAACGGUGGAGGGGAGUACGUUUUUUUCAAACAUGCACCUUGGUUCGGCUUGACUGUAGCUGAUCUCGUAUUGCCCUGGUUUGCCUGGAUCAUGGGUCUUACCAUUGUACUCUCGUUAAAAUCAGAUUUGCGACUUUCCAUUUCACGAUCUCGCAUUAUAUGGAAAUUUUUCCGACGUAGUCUCAUUCUUAUUCUGUUGGGACUAAUAAUCAAUGGAAGAAGCACAACGAAAUUGCAGGAUUUACGUUUUACGGGGGUUUUGCAAUUGCUCGGUGUUACUUACUUCAUUUGUGCGAGCAUCGAAACAAUUGGGAUGAAAUCUCAAAGAAAUUAUCAGUACGGACGAUUUGCAUUUUUGCAAGACAUCCUGGAUGCUUGGCCCCAGUGGUUGAUCGUCCUGGGACUCACUGCAACGCACCUCCUCAUAACAUUUCUCCUGCCGGUUAGCGGUUGCCCUAGAGGAUACUUGGGUCCAGGAGGCAAUGAGUACGGCGGGCAAUAUGCUAAUUGCACUGGCGGAGCUGCUGGGUAUAUCGAUAGAACGGUAUUUGGUAACCACAUGUACAUGAAGACACAUAGCCCAGUUUAUGGAAUUGUUGCACCCCACGAUCCUGAAGGUAUUUUGAAUACACUGUCGGCAGUACUAAUUGUUCAAUUUGGCGUCCAAGCUGGGAGAAUAUUAUUCUGUUACUAUCUUGGUAAUGCUUCCAAGAUUAUUAGAUGGUGCUGUUGGGCAACUUUUACUGGAAUCGCUGCUUUAUUCUGUUACUGGAGCAAAGGAGGAGGUAUUCCUCUCAGCAAAAAUUUAAUGUCAUUGCCAUUCGUUCUGGCAACUUGUAGCUGUGCCUUUAUCUUGUUCGCACUCCUUUACUAUUUUAUUGAUCAUCGAAGGUUUUGGGAUGGAGUACCGUUUAGCUAUGCAGGUACAAAUGCAUUAUUUUUAUAUGUCGGCCAUUACUUUACGAUGAAAAGUUUUCCAUGGGCAUGGCAACUCGAUAAUCCGUCACAUGCCUCAGCACUCGCUAUGAAUAUUUGGACAACGACUCUUUGGGCUUUCAUUGCCUUUUUACUCUAUCGAAAAGACAUUAUAAUCACGGUGUAAUAAUUUGUAAUAUAUUUAUUCUGGUUACUUAUAUCAUGCCAUGCAUAUUGUUUAUAAUUUUUUAUCGUUAUUAGAGAUAAUUCAAAUUAUUUUUGGCAACAUUAAGUGUGAUGAACGUGCUUCAGGCACAUUGUGAUAGCUCUAAUAUGAUGAUCAUCAAGAGAAAGGCAUUAGAUUUAAUUACUUUUACCUGUUGCAGUGUGUCAACGGUUUUUAUCGUCGCUAACAAUGUCAACCUUACAUUAUUAUAUAUGUACUCGUUUUCUCAAAUACAGUAUUUUACAUAUA